AACCAUUGUCAUUGUGCAUUUCGCGCUCCCAGCAGCAGCACUAGCACUCGGCCUCCUCGGUACUGUAACAAUCCAAGCGCGAGCUCGCCUAUCCCAUGCGUUACCUCUACUUCCGCCCCAACGCGACAACCCAGGCGCGCGCCUGCCGCGACCAUCUCCUCGCCCACCUAGACCAAUGCGCCUCGCGGGCCCACCUGGCGGAGCUCCACGGCCGGCUCAUCCGCGCCCACCUCGGCCCCGACCCCUCCGCAGCCGGUCGGCUCGUCGCCCUCCUCGCCUCCCCUGUGGCGAGGCAUGACAUGCCCUACGCGCGCAGGGUGUUCGACAGAAUGGCCCAACCGACCGCCUUCGUCUGGAACUACAUGAUUCGAGGGUACAACAGUUGCGACGCCCCUGUGGAUGCAUUGGCGUUGUUCAGGGCGAUGCUUCGGAGGGGAGUCUCUCCUGAUAAUUACACCAUGGCUGCGGUUGUGUCCUCGAGCGCUGCAUUCGCCGGCUGGAAGUCGAGGUCAACUGGGGACGCGGUACAUUCCUUGGUUCGCAAGACUGGGUUUGCAUCGGAUGUGUUCGUCAUGUCAGGCCUUGUUAAUUUCUACGGCUCCUUCAGAAGUGUCGAUGAUGCAAGGAAGGUUUUCGAAGAGAUGGCCGAUCGGGAUGUGGUGUCGUGGACUCUGAUGAUCUCGGCUUCUGCACAGUGCAGUCAGUGGGAUGAGGCGUUAAGGUUGCUUGCUGAGAUGCAAUCACACGGCACUAAGCCGAACAAGGUCACUGUUAUAAGUCUCCUUUCUGCAUGCGGCCAAGAGCAGGAUGUUGACAGAGGCCGGUGGGUGUAUGCACGCAUUGAUGAGUACGGCAUUGAGGCUGAUUUGGAUGUCAGGAAUGCACUUUUAAGCAUGUACGUGAAAUGCAGAUGCAUGUCGGACGCGUUGAAAACAUUUCAGCUCAUGCCAAUAAGAAAUACCAAAUCAUGGAACACGUUGAUUGAUGGGUUUGUGCAAAACGGGAAGCAUAAGGAAGCACUAAGAAUGUUUGAAGAGAUGUUAUCAGAUGGUAUAGUACCUGAUGUGAUUACUCUCGUAAGUCUCUUAUCGUCAUGUGCUCAGCUAGGUGAUCUUCAGAAAGGGAGAUACUUCCACAAUUAUAUCAAAGAUCAUGGGAUCCGCUGUGACAUCAUCCUUCAUAAUUCUUUGAUUAACAUGUAUGCUAAAUGUGGCGAUAUGGCUGCAGCAGAAAUGGUUUUUGAAAAUAUGACACAAAGGGAUACCGUGUCCUGGACAGCUAUGGUGUGUGGUUAUGUGAAAGGACUUCAGUUUACAACGGCCUUCAGUUUAUUUGAAGAGAUGAAGGUUGUAGAUGUUGUGUCAAGUGAAAUGGCACUGGUUAGUCUACUUUCUGCUUGUUCCCAGCUAGGAGCACUUGAUAAAGGGAGAGAGAUACACACUUAUAUAAAAGAUAAGAGUGUAAUAACAGACGUAUGGCUUGAAAGUGCCCUGGUGGAUAUGUAUGCAAAAUGUGGUUGCACUGAUACAGCUGCUCAAAUAUUCAGUACAAUGCAGCACAAGCGAACCCUCACAUGGAAUGCUAUGAUUGGAGGUCUUGCCAGCAACGGACAGGGAAAAGAAGCAGUGGAGCACUUUGAACAAAUGCUGAAGCUAAGAGACCCAAAGCCUGAUGCUAUCACUCUAAAGGUAGUUCUUGGUGCCUGUGCACAUGUAGGAAUGGUUGAUGAGGGGCUGCAUUACUUCUAUUUGAUGUUGAGCCUUGGUAUUGUCCCUGAUAUUGAGCACUAUGGUUGCGUAGUAGACCUCCUGAGUAGAGCUGGGCUGCUAGACGAAGCAUAUAGUUUUAUCAAGAAGAUGCCAAUACAGCCCAAUCCAGUAAUUUGGGGAUCACUUCUUGCAGCUUGUAGAGUUCAUCACAAAAUGGAACUAGCAAAGAGAAUUGGACAGCACAUCAUCGAAUUAGCUCCUAAUGACGUGGGAGCACAUGUCCUAAUUUCGAACUUACAUGCUGAAGAAGGUCAGUGGGAUGAUGUAGAGCAAGUAAGAGGGCUGAUGGGAAGCAGAGGUGUAGAGAAAUCAUCUGGUCGUAGCUCCAUCCAAGUCUAGACAUGCUUCAUAAAUCAUUGUUCGUACUUCAUAAUGUGAGUUACAUGCGAACACAUGAUUUGACUAGUAACACACAUGGCUGAGAAGAGUAUCGCCACUUUUUCAGUGCAGUGUCCGAUACCAGAGACAUAUAUACUACAAUGCUCAGUAGAUAUGUGAUUUCUUGAUCAUAUUUUGGUUGCUCUGGUCAGCACUGAAUGAAUGAAUCAGUAGGCAGGGCAAGAAAAAAAAAGGCCACAUACUCACAUCUAUUGCUACUGGGAACUGAGAUAAACUUGUCCAUAUCUAGUAUUUAGCAUGAUCUGAAAAUUAUUUAUGUGCAUCAUGCAUGCGAUGAUUUGCAAAUCAUAUCUUAAACUUUCAUCUAGUACAAGAUCUCGAUAAAUAUGCACC